CUCCUCCCUCCCUCCCUCCCUCGUUGGGUAACACAUAGAGAGAGUAUAAGAAGAAGCUAAGCGGCCGCUCCUCGUCUAACUUGUGCUUUUCUGCGUUGGAACGAGCUCAACAACCACACCGAAGUCAAAAAUGGGAGUGGUGACAAUACGAGUGGAAUACUGCGGCAACUGAGGCUACGAGCCCCGUUAUCGGGAGCUCGCCCAGGUCGUCAAGGGUGAGUUUCCUGAUGCGGAUGUGUCGGGCUUCGUGGGCCGGAGAGCCAGCUUUGAGAUUGAGAUCAACGGGCAGCUGGUUUUCUCCAAGCUCGAGCUGGGAGGAUUCCCCUAUGAGGAUGAUGUAAUGGAAAUCAUCCAGAAAGCUCAGAAAGGCCAAGCUCUGGCGAAGAUCACCAAGAGCCGCGCGCCGUGCGUCAUCAUGUAAAGCAAGUGGUGCAGCCCGCCGUCUAAAACCUGGCUUUCCCCCAAUGCUGCCCUUCUUCGGGAAACCUCGGAGCAAGGCAGCAGUCGGGGAAAGCGCAGCCCGCUCCGCCUCGUUCACUCUUGACGCCGAACCAACCGCCGGACUACGAAUGACUAGCGCUGCCUGAAAAUAAGCCACGCGGCUGCGUUACGAUGACCUCACGCCCGGCGGUUCUGCAGCUCGUCAGGAGUGCUCGACGGGGACGGCAGGUUUUGUAUUCUUAGAAAGCAAGGUCAGUAAGAAGAAGUCAGGAACCGAAAUCCUUUUUCCCCCCAACAACGGUUUAUGGAGAGAUAGAUACUGUGCUUGCUUAGCUCUUUGCAUUGGAUUGCUUGAAUGAAAUGAAAUCAUUUGUGUCAGGGCCAGCCUUGAACCAUUGUUCCCAAUUGAACCAUGUUUUCCCUAGUUGGGCAUCCCAGCAACAGGAGCCAGGGAGAACUGGGUCCCCAACGUGACAAACGAUUCUGGCUCUUACCCGUUUAUCAGUGAACAUCAGAGCUUCGACUGACUCGGUGUAACACUAUGACACGGUGUAUUAGUAAGGUCCGAUGUUCACGCUAGGGGGCGCUAGGUUGUCAAAUACUGUAUGCCUAGUGUAGGUUGUUUGUGCUUUUGUUUUCUCAAGGUUAGAUUGAAGAUUAGUCUUUUUGCCUAAGCACCAGUAUCUUGUUUUUGUUUUUUUUCAUCUUUUCCACGUAUGACGUGAAAAAAAGGAAACUGCAUUUACUUGGAAACUAACGAGGACUGAAGAAUUGAAUACAAAAAUAUAUAUAUAAUCGCAAACUGGAUUAGAUGUUUAAAUAUAUAGUGCUGAAAAAAUGCAAGACCAACAAAUGCUCAACCUUUUUUGUAUUCUGACCAUGUAUAUGCAAAUAAAUGCUUAAAGAACCA